UCAGUAGUUCACUAUCAGCGAGGAUGUGGAGAAUAAUUUUAAAAGAGGACUCGACCGCGUGCCUGGUUUAUUCGCGUCGUAGAUUAUGUUAGUAAAUCGAAAAUGAACUAUAAAUUUGACGCGUGUUAUGAAGUUACGAUCAUGGUAUAUUCUCUCUAAAUACGUGAUAAAGUUUGCUUUGUGUAACAUUUUAUUUUAUACGUAGAUAGUCAAGAUCAAAUUACAGUUUUAAUAGAAUUGAUGUUCAAAAGCCUUUCAUCAGAUUUCUAUUGUAUAAGAGAAUCAAACAAUAUUUUCGAAGAUGGAUUUGGAACCGAAGGAAAACUCAGAACUACUGACUAAAGUACGUAAUAUAGAAGUGAGAAGUGCCGAGGUCCCGAAGCCCGAAACAAAUGGAAAUGUGCGUGGAAAUAAUGACGAGUUCGCAAGAGGUCCCCCUGAUGGGGGGUUUAGAGCAUAUUCUGUGCUGGUGGGCUCAUUCCUCACAAAUGGUCUUCUCUUUGGUGUGAUAAAUUCAUAUAGUGUGAUAUAUACAGUGAUGUCAGAACAAUUGAAGCAACAGAAUGUACCAAACUUUGAGAGCAAAGCAUCUCUGGUGGGCAGCCUGGCGAUGGGAACGACGUUCCUACUAUCGCCGCUGUCGGGCGUGCUGACCGCGCUGAUGGGGCUGCGCCGCACCGCCGUGCUCGGCGGCACCAUCGCCACCUCUGGCCUGCUUCUGUCCUCUUUCUUCACCAACCACGUCGAUAUUCUAUGCUUCACCUACGGUGUCUUAUACGGACUGGGCGCCUCUCUUGCCUACACGCCCUCCCUCGCCAUUCUCGGCCACUACUUCAAAAGAUAUCUCGGCCGCGUCAAUGGCUUUGUUACCAUAGGCAGUUCCAUAUUCACGGUCAUGAUGCCUCCUCUUAUGAAACAUCUUAUCGAAGUCUACGGGCUCGACUGGAUGUUCAGAGUUCUAGCUAUAUUUACAUUUGGAAUAGCGCUUUGUGGUCUAUUAUUUAAACCAAUCCCUUUAUUGGUUAUAGAAAAACCAUUAAAGGAAGAUAACUGUACUUCACUAAUUAAAACUAUAGUGAGUGUUGAAAUUUGGAGAAAUAAGAAGUAUAGAUUGUGGGCGCUGUCGAUGCCUGUGGCACUGUUCGGAUAUUUCGUACCUUACGUGCAUAUAGGCAAAUUUGUUGAAACUUUCGAUAAAGUAUACAAUAAUGUACCCAUACAAUGCAUAGCGGCCACUUCUGGGGUAGGAAGACUAGUUUUCGGAUUCCUCGCGGAUAAGCCUGGUAUCGAUCGAAUUCUGUUACAGCAGAUAUCCUUUUAUGUAAUAGGAAUUCUCACUAUUAUUUUGCCAUUUGUGAAUUCGUUUGCAUUUAUAAUUGUUAUUUCACUAGGAAUGGGCGUGUUCGAUGGCGCAUUUAUUGCCCUAAUUGGGCCUAUAGCGUUUGAGUUAGUUGGCGGUGCCCACGCGGCGCAGGCUAUAGGCUGCAUGCUGGGUCUAGCCGCGGUUCCUUUGUCCAUCGGGCCGCCGUUCGCAGCCUAUCUGCACGGUUUAUAUGAUUCCUAUACCUUGCCGUUUGUUCUCGCCGGCAUUUCUCCACUGGUUGGCGCCACUCUCAUGUUUACCAUACGUCUUUAUCGCAAGCCAGGAAAUCAAAGACGCCAGAAUCUAGAUAAGGGCGGUAGCAUUAAUGGAAAAUUAUCUUCAAAUGACAUUGAAAAGCUUUCCGGAUCUGGCCCUCUUCAAAACGGUGAUAGUAUCCAUGAUCGAUCGAUCAAUACUUCGUUAUAACCAGACAAAUUUUGGCUCUGAAGAGCCUUUAACAACGCAACUGCCGAAAACAUUUCAGUAAACGCGAAUGUCAGGUACAUAGAUGUAAGUUAUAUUUAUAUAAAUCGGUAUACAAUACCGUAUUUGUACAAACUCAAGUUUUGUGCCAGUAGUUGUAAAUUAUUUCAGUGAUAAAAAUGUGAAAGUAACAAUCGUAGAUAGGUUUUAAAAAUGCGGGCCGUAAUGGUUCAGCCGUUUGUUAAAAAUAUAAAAAAACGUUGUUCAUUGAACUUAAGUACUUAUGUCCGUAUGAAACCGGCGCGGGCGCCGGCAUGCCGCAACAUCGCGGCCGGAGGCAGCAUAUUUCUGCCUCGCUUACCAUACAACUAUGUUUGUAUAUGUAUACAGGUUACAACAAAAAUAGUGGGGAUCCGUUGAAGGAUAUGUCGUGAUAUAAACAGAAAAAAGAUAUGAGAAACAAUUUUUUUUGCCCCGAAUCUUUAUGGCUUUUGUUAGGGGGGUUAGUCGGGUGUUGGCUAAGAUGACCUGUCCUAUAAAUGAAAGAAUAUCAGACCUACCGAAAAACUUUUUUGCGUGUAAUUUUUUCUUCUAGUUUUUUUUAAUCAGAGAACAUGAUACCGAAUACAUAUGCCCAGAUAUGCCCUGAAACCGAUCCCCUCUAUUUUUAUUACUAUGUAUUAGUUCAAAUGUGGUUUUGCACAUACGCUAUGCCGAGGCAGAUUUAGCUAACACCUCACGUACUUCAAUAUUUUCCACUUUGUAUGUUAGCAUUUUAAACUAUUCUUUAAACUCCUAUUUUAUUGUAUAAUAAGACUUUGUUUAUUGAUAAUACAGUCGAGCUCAUAAGUUAUAUUAACCUCACUUUUUUUUAUUUUGUUCGUGGGUUGAUGUGCAUUUGUGCAAUAAAUUAAUAUUUAUGAGGUCGACAGUACUUUUUUAUGCAUUUUAUAUUUUACUUUUAUUGUAAAACAUUUACCAUUUAAACGUUCCUAGACCGAUUAGUUAUAUUAUUUUGUCAUAGUUUAUGUAAUUAGGAAUAAGAUAGAACUAUAGAAAUAAGUUAAAGUUGACAAUAACAUAUAGUUAUUUAAAAAAUUUAAGUACAUUGAAAUUAUUUAUGACAGUUAAAUGACAUAAUAGUAUAACAAAAAUAGGUGAUAUAAGUAUGUAUUUUAAAAUGGUACGGUUUAAAGUAUAGUCAACCAAUUGGAACCCUAGGCCACUGUAGAACUAUGUCAUAGUAACGUUAUAAAUUAGAUUGUAAGAAAUUUCUUAUUGCUUGUCCUUUUGACAUGGUUGUAGAGUGGCCUAGGAUUCCAAUUGGUUGACUGUAAAUAUAUUUAAAAAGUUGCGAUGAAGUUGUUUUUCGACGUUGAAAUUGAAAAGUAUAUUUUAUGAUAUUAACAAAGAUUUAUUUUUAUAGAAUCUCUAAAGUCAAUGUUUUGUAAGGACUAAAAUUAUGUUGUAACUAGUUGUUGCUCCUGACUUCUUUCGCAUAGGUUUACAUUAUCCAAAAAAAAUACAAGUAAAUCCGACAACGCGUGAUAAUUUAGUUGUUCGCUUGGCACAAUGUAUUUCUAUGAAGUUUCAAAUCCCUCACUCGAAGAAUUAUUUACAUUUGAUUAGGUAACUAGUCGUAAUGUCGGCACAAAAAUAAUGGGAUACAAUAGGUAGGUAACACUAACUAAGACAGUUAUAAAUCCAAAUGAUAAAAGUUUCCUCAUUUCGGGCUUAUGUCCGUUCUUAUUUGAUUUUCCUGUUUUAAUGUGAGUUACCACCCGGUAAGAUUUAUUUGUGUAAAAAGCACAAAUAUUUGUUUCUGAGUCAUGGGUGUUUUCUAUGUAUUUAAGUAUUUGUAUAAGUAAGUAUAUCGUUAUAAACUGAAAUAGAUACCAUACACUAAAG